GUCAAAAUGAAGAAAAGAGUUCCACCGACACCGCGUAACAUAAACCCAAAUGCUACCUCCAUUAAUCACCCACAUGUUUCGGAUCACUGAGACAUAAACAAUCAUCUUGCAAAGAAUAAUCCUUAGAGCUCUGCAUUAGUUAGUGAUUCAGAAUAUGAUUUAAUGUUUUGCAAUGUGCAUGCAUGUAAGAUGAUGGUUAUGCAAUAUAUUCUUUAAUUUAUUGGUUAGAAGUAAACCUGGCUUUCUUUUACUCGUUAGUUUACCAGGAAACGUUUCAGCCUGACAGAUUAUUUCCCGAGAAAAAGUUUAGGCUGACAGGUAUUUCUAAGAAAAGGGUUUAUGUUUUUUCUUUUGUCAUUUUCUCGUAUGCUUUUCUUUUUCCUCUGUGAAGAAGACAGCAAAUAAGGUUAGGAUUUGAUUCGUUGGCUAAGGUGAAAGACAAAGUAAAGAAUUUAAAACAUUGCUUGCAGCUGAAGAAAGUUUUAUUCCUAUAAACUGUAUAAAAAUAUAUGUAUAUAUAUAUAUAUAUAUAUACACAGACAUACAAUGAUCUUGUGAUUAUCCCAAGACAGAAACAAAAGACAAGGAUACUGUCAGGUUUUCUUAGAAAUCUUUUUAAUUUCUUGUCGGAAAACUCAGAGAAUCAUAAUGGCUUCAGGGGGAUCAAAGUCGGCAGCUUUCAUGCUUCUGUUGCUGAAUCUUGGUCUCUAUUUUGUCGUCACUGUUAUUGCUUCAUGGGCUGUUAAUCACGGCAUCGAGAGAGCUCGCGAGUCUGCGUCGGUGUUGUCUCUUCCGGCGAAGAUCUUUCCAAUUUAUUUCCCGGUAGGGAACAUGGCGACUGGUUUCUUCGUAAUAUUCUCGUUGAUCGCCGGCGUCGUCGGAAUGGCGACAUCACUCAGCGGAAUCAUGAACGUUCUUGAGUGGGACUCUCCAAAUCUCCAUUCCGCCGCCGCUUCCUCUCUCAUCUCUUGGUCUCUCACUCUCCUCGCCAUGGGAUUGGCUUGUAAGGAGAUCAACAUAGGCUGGACUGAGGCCAAUUUAAGAACUCUUGAAGUUAUGACAAUAAUUGUGAGCGGUACUCAGUUGUUAUGUACCGGUGCCAUUCACGUCGGAGUUGGAGAAACAGUCGCCGGAGAAAGGCCUCAUGCGGGAAGGGUUUGAGUUUCUAAAGAGAACAAUAUAUUGGUUUGGUUUUCUUCUCUGAAGCGUGUGGUUUACUCAAAACAAAGAGUUUGUGAUGUUGUGUUGUCUGUUGAUUGUUUUCUUCGUCUGAUUUUUUUUUUCUAUUCUAUACUUUGAUUGUAUCCGAUCUGAAACUAAAAAAAAAGGUUUUUUUAAUGCAAAUACAAUCUUUGUGUUAAUGUUGCUAUACCAAACAAAAAUAUUAUUGAAUC